UCAUUUUGUGUCUUUUUUUGGUCAUUUUGUGUCUUUUUUUAGUCCUUUAGUCCAACAUAAAAUGUGAUUUUGAAUCUUUUUUUAACUUUCAAAACACUACCAUGCUCAAUAAAGAAUUCUAAAUGUUGUAAAUGUGCAUUAAUUUCAGAGUACACUGAGACAUUAAACUGCAUAAUUUUCAAUUAAAUUCUCGAAAAGUUGGUGUGUUCUAAAACUUUUGACCGGUAGUGUAUUCCAUCAGUUCUUUAUCAAGAUUUGAUAAACUAAUGAUUCACUAUCUUUCCCAAAUGUAAUAAUAAAUAAAAUGUUUCCUGUGAAAACAACCCCACCUUCACAUGUGUAUAGCUCAUAAACAUGUAGCAUCUAUGCUUAAUAAAGAGAAUCUGGCUAUGACUCACUGGGCUGAAGAUGAAUUGUAUUCAACACUUGGUUGCUUCUCUUGUUGAAAAGCUGUUUACCAUUCCUGUGUGUGUUUACCUGGAAUGUGAGCCUGCUUUCUUCUGGCUGCUGACUGUAAACCUGCUCUGUGCCUCCUGCUCCUGCAGCCACAAAUGAACUAGUCUGGCAGCGUUACCGUUAAAACAUGCACAGAGAGCUGGCUGGCUGGCUGGCCGCACCUCCGCCUGUAGCCUGAAGACACCACUCCCCUCCCCGUCUUUUUCUGCUCCUCAGUUGCUGUCACUCACUCUCACGCACCACCCAGGACACUUCAACACUAGAUUUCUCUCUUCCUCCCCGAGUGUCGGCUUCUUGCGGACAUUUAGACCACCCGUUGUGAGUUUUUUGUCAUUGGGUUUUGAAAUCCGGGGCUCCCAGUUGGACCAUGUCCCGUUGACUGUAGCAGCAUGUGGAAGGCUUUCCUUUUGUACCAGCUCCUGGCGUUAGGGCAGCCGCUCUGGGCUCAAGAUGAUGUCACAGCCGUCAGCCCUCAGGACUGCUCCCUGGACUGUAUCCGACAGGGAGGACCUGGAUGUGAUUAUUGCAGAAUAACCAGAAGUGAUGUCAAAAAGGCUCUGGGUUUUAACUCUAUCAAAGCAUUUGGAAGUUGUAUUCCCUGGCCAUGUUUUGAGUUGCUGGGAGUAGAAGACCCUAAAAUCUGUCAGCACUAUGUCCAAGCACCAAACGAUGUGAAGGUUAAGUUUGUAAAAGAGAAAAACCCCAAAUCUGACACCAUAGUUGUCUCCUGGAAGCCCAGCUAUUAUGGGAUUGCCUUUCUGCGAGGCUUUCAGGUGUUCCUCCAGGCUUUGGGAGGUUCCAGUUUUGCCUGUCAGCUCUUUCUCUUCCCCCGAAACCUCUCCCUCCCGGCCUCACAUGCUCGAAUGGUGUACAAGUCCGACCCCUUCCCCGGCCUCUCCCUUGGGUCCCAGUAUGCUGUAACUGUCAUGGCUCUGCCAGUGCCUGAGGAGUGGGAGAGGUUCUACCACAGCAAGAUCUUUUCCACACGUUCAUGUGCAGAAAAGAACGGUAUGGAGCAGUGCAAAAAAGACUGGUAUCCCAAACACAUUGAGGUCCAGCAGGAAGGGACUGCCAUCACUGUGACCUUUAACCUGGCUCCCCCAGACCUGGGAAUCAGAAGCUAUUUCUCACUGUGUUACGCAAAUGGAGAGAAGAAAUACACCGAGAUCACACCUAAUGCCAACAAAAACAAAACUCACCACAGCUAUCAGCUAAAUGACCUUGAAGAGGGAACCAACUACACCUGUGAGAUUGCAGCCAAUGAAGUGGAUGCAGUCAGGAAAACAUUCAAUGUUCAGGUCUUGCACAUUAAAAAAGGAGGUUCCCCGCCAGCGUCCUCCGCUCCAUCAUUGGCUCUGCUGCUUCCUCUGGGUCUGGCUGUGGGAGCCAUACUUAUAUUCUCACUGGCUGCUCUCACCAGGAGAAGGUCCCGGUUGCAGACGAAGAAACUGGACAUAAAACCAGAUAUUUUGAAGCAGCAUCAAGAAAGCGGAACUCAAGAGGAAGUGACGCCAUUGCCCAGAAACAGAGUGACCCCUCCUCGUCUUCUUAUUUGCUACAGCAGCUAUGACGGCCCUGCUCAUGUCAAAGCCGUGAUGCAGUUAGGGGUCUUCAUACAACAGCACAUGGCGACUCAGGUGGUCCUGGACCUGUGGGACUCUCUGAGCGUAGCUGAGGAGGGCAGUAUGGCCUGGCACUGCCGGCAGAUCCGGGAUUGUGACUUCAUCUUGGUGAUGUGUUCUCGGGGCCUCAACCACAGACCUAAGCCUCCUCACAAAGACGAGGAGGAGGACAGAUUGCUGAGCUUCGGCUCCAACAUCUUCAGCUCUGUCGCAGUUGUCCAACUUAUUGGAGAGGAGGUGGGCCGAGCCAAAGCCAGGGGCCAGGACCUAUCCAAAUACAUGGCGGCCAUGUUUGAGUAUUGUGAAGAAACAGACAUCCCCACAGAGCUGAGGUUGGUAUCUCACUACAGGCUAACCAGAGACUUACAGCUGCUCUUCUCCCAUCUCCAUGGAGUGGCUCUGCACAGGCCAGGGCAUUACCUGCAGAUCAACAAUAUCUCAGAGGAAGGUUUUACUCAGUUACCAGCCGGUGCAGCUCUGCAGUGGGCUAUCUAUGAGGCUCAGAUGGCAAUGUCGGAAAAAAGGCAACAUUCUAUGGAAGGAAGGGACUAAAAAAGGAAUCCAUACACCCUGACAUAAUGGCACUUCUCAUCGGGGGGGAGGGGCUAAAGUGCCCUCAAGAGUGGUGAAAACGAGAGGAAGUGAUGCCUUAUUGGCUGCCCUUUACACAUGCAAAAAAUGAUAUUGGUGCCCUCUAGGGUGCUCCUUCAUAUAAUAAA